AUGCCAAAAAACGUUGGAUGCUUUUCAUAUCUAAAUGAUUUUUAUACAUUACUACUAGGUGUUGAUGAUGAAUUCAACGAAAAAUCCUCUUCUAGAUUUAGUAAAGUGAAUAAUUAUGGUCCAACUAUAGUAAUUCAUGGUGGCGCAGGAACCAUUGCUCGUAAAGAUCUUUCUGAAGAAUUACAAAAUGAAUAUCGUGAUGCAUUAAAAGAAUCUUUAAUUGCUGGUAAUAAAAUCUUAUUAAGUGGAGGAAAUUCAAUUGACGCCGUAGAAGUCGCAGUUAGGGUAAUGGAAGAUUGUCCUCUUUUUAACGCCGGAAAAGGGUCAGUUUUUACGAUUGGUGGAAAGAAUGAACUUGAAUCUUCAUUCAUGAUUGGAACUCCUAAUCAUCCAGCUGGCGCAAGCACUUUAUUACAUACAGUAAAAAAUCCAAUCACUUUAGCUAAAACUCUUUUACUUGAUCCGGAGAAUCCACAUGUAUUUCUUGGUGGUAUAGAAGCUGAAGAAUAUGCUAAAAAGAAAGGACUAGAAAUUGUUGAUCCCUGUUAUUUUUGGACAAAAAGAAGAUGGCAACAACAUUUGGAAGAGUUGAACAAGAAUAAUAAUAAAGUGGAUUCACCAUAUCCUAUGGGAACUGUUGGAGCCGUUGCUGUUGAUAAAGACGGCAUUAUAGCUUCAGCUACCUCUACGGGUGGCAUGAAUAAUAAAAAAGAUGGUCGAAUAGGUGAUACACCGUUGAUAGGAUCUGGCACUUGGGCAGAUAACGAAACAUGUGGUGUUAGUGGCACCGGUAAUGGAGAGUUUUUUAUUAGAUAUGGUAUCGCUCAAGAUGUUUCAUCCAGAAUGCGUUACCUUGCUGAGAAUGUAAAUGAAGCAGCUAAUGCUGUUAUAGAAAAUAUGAGAAAGGUUGGAGGAGGUGCUGGUGUAAUUGCGUUAGAUAAAUAUGGUAAUGUUGCUAUGCCGUUUAAUACAACUGGAAUGUAUAGAGGUUAUAUUAGAGUUUCCGAAA